GAGCUCCCGGCUCCGAUGGGUUCUGGCAGCCGCACAAAGGAGCAGUGUCACGAGACAGCUAGGGAAGCUCCUAGGUGUUGGCGCAUGGGUGGUUCAGUGGUAGAAUUCUCGCCUGCCACGCGGGAGGCCCGGGUUCGAUUCCCGGCUCAUGCAAAGGUCUCAGGUCUCUUUGGAUUGCCCCCAGUGUGUACUGGGCAUGGAGGCUUCAAGCCUCCCUCCCCUCCAUUGCUUCUACGAGGAGCCUGAGAGACUGUGCUCUGCAAUCCAGGCUUGUGUUGAGAGAAUGAGGCUGCCUGGGCUUGGAAAAUCCAGCUUCAUGGGGAACUAUCAGGCUGUCACCAUCUGUGAUGCAAGCACGUUCACUCCAUGCUGAGACCACAUCCUUCCUGUCUCUGCUGAGGCUGUGAUGACUAUAAAUGCAUCUCAUUUCCUCACUGGCUGUCCCCAAGGCUAGCAUCUGGGGGAACUUUUCUUCCACGGCUCAGGACAUAGUCCUGGAACAAGCCAAUAGAACUUUCUGAGACCUUUAAGAAGAUUCUCCUUACCCCUAUGCUGUCUUCAGUCUUGCUGUGUCAGUGUGGACCUAAGGCUGAGGACCCUUGAAAGAGCUAUUGAUGGAGAUGGCGAGUGUCCGCUGCAGGCUGGCCCACUACCUGGAGGACCUAGAGGAUGUGGACUUCAAGAAAUUCAAAAUGCAUUUGGAAGACUACCCCCCAGAAGAGGGCUUCACCCCGCUCCCCAGGGGUCAGACAGAGAAGGCUGACCAUGUGGAUCUAGCCACACUCAUGAUUGACUUCAAUGGGGAAGAGAAGGCAUGGGCCAUGGCCAUGUGGAUUUUUGCUGCAAUCAAUAGAAGAGAUCUCUGGGAGAAAGCUAUGAGGAAUCAGCCAGUGUGGGAUGACACACGUGUUUCUAAUCCAACUGUGGAAUGCCAGGAAGACAGCAUUGAAGAGGAGUGGAUGGGUUUACUGGCGUACCUCUCCAGAAUCUCAAUGUGUAAAAAAAAGAAAGAUUACUGUCAGAUGUAUAGAAAACAUGUCAAAAGCAGGUUCCAGUGCAUUGAAGACCGGAACGCGCGUCUAGGUGAGAGCGUGAACCUCAACAAACGCUACACCCAGCUGCGGCUGGCCAAGGAGCACCCGAACCAGCAGGAGUGGGAGCACGAGCUGCUGGCCAUUGGCAGGAACAAGAUGUGGGACAGCCCGAUGAGUCCCACUAAGGUGGAGUUGCUGUUUGAACAUGACGAGGAACAAUCAGAGCUGGUACACACCGUGGUGUUCCAGGGAGCAGCAGGCAUAGGGAAAACAAUACUGGCCAGGAAGAUUAUGCUGGACUGGGCAUCGGGGACACUCUUCCAAGACAAAUUUGACUAUUUGUUUUAUAUCCAUUGUCGUGAGGUGAGUCUCGUGACACCAAAGAGUCUGGGGGACUUAAUUGUCAGCUGUUGGCCUGACCCAAACCCACCAUUGCACAAGAUUAUGCGUAAGCCCUACAGGAUCCUCUUCCUCAUGGAUGGCUUUGACGAGCUGCAAGGGGCCUUUGAUGAGAACAUUGGGUCAGUCUGCACCGACUGGCAGAAGGCUGUGCGUGGAGACAUUCUACUGAGCAGCCUCAUCCGCAAGAAGCUGCUUCCUGAGGCCUCUCUGCUCAUCACGACAAGGCCCGUGGCCUUGGAGAAGCUGCAACAUCUGCUGGACCACCCUCGCCAUGUGGAGAUCCUGGGCUUCUCCAAGACCAGAAGGAAGGAGUAUUUCUUCAAGUAUUUCCCGGAUGAACUGCAGGCCAGGGAAGCCUUCAGGCUAAUCCAGGAGAACGAGAUCCUCUUCACCAUGUGCUUCAUCCCCCUGGUCUGCUGGAUCGUGUGCACCGGCCUGAAGCAGCAGAUGGAGACCGGCAAGAGCCUGGCCCAGACCUCUAAGACCACCACUGCCGUGUACGUCUUCUUCCUCUCCAGUCUGUGGCAAUCCCGAGGAGGCAGCCAGGAGCACCCCCUCUCUGCUCACCUCCGAGGGCUCUGCUCCUUGGCUGCAGAUGGAAUCUGGAACCAGAAAAUCUUAUUUGAGGAGUGUGACCUCAGGAACCAUGGCCUGGAGAAGGCAGAUGUGUCUGCUUUCCUAAGGAUGAAUGUGUUCCAGAAGGGAGUGGACUGCGAGAAAUUAUACAGCUUCAUCCACAUGACUUUCCAGGAGUUCUUUGCGGCCAUGUACUAUUUGCUGGAAGAGGAGGAAGAGGAGGUGAUGAUGAGGAAGGUGCCAGGGAGUUGUUCAGAGCUUCUGAACCGAGAUGUGAAGGUCCUUCUAGAAAACUAUGGGAAAUUUGAAAAGGGGUAUCUGAUUUUUGUUGUCCGUUUCCUCUUUGGCCUUAUAAACCAGGAAAGGACUUCCUAUUUGGAGAAGAAACUAAGUUGCAAGAUCUCUCAGCAAGUGAGGCUGGAGCUGCUGAAAUGGAUUGAGGUGAAAGCCAAGGCGAAGACGCUGCAGAGGCAGCCCAGCCAGCUGGAGCUCUUCUACUGCCUGUACGAGAUGCAGGAGGAAGACUUCGUGCGCACUGCCAUGGGCCACUUCCCCAAAAUUGAGAUCAACCUCUCUACCCGGAUGGAUCAUGUGGUUUCUUCUUUCUGUAUUGAGAACUGUCAGCGGGUAGAAAAACUUUCCCUGGGGUUUCUCCACAAUUCACCCAAGGAGGAGGAGGAGAAGGAGGAAGAGGAGGAAGAAAGUCCACAUCUGGACGUGGCCCAGUGUGUCCUCUCGGGCCCUCAUGUUGCCUGCUCUCACAGAUUGGCAAACGGCUAUCUUACGUCCAGAUUCUGCCGGAGUCUCUUCUCAGUUCUAAGCACGAACCCAAAUCUUACUGAGCUAGACCUCAGCGACAAUUCUCUGGGGGACCCAGGGAUGAGGGUGUUGUGUGAGACACUCCAGCAUCCUGACUGUAACAUUCAGAGGUUGUGGUUGGGGCGCUGUGGCCUUACCCACGAGUGCUGUUUCGACAUCUCUGCCGUCCUGAGCAGUAACCAGAAGCUGGUGGAGCUGGAUCUGAGCGACAACGCCCUGGGAGACUUCGGAGUCAGACUUCUGUGCAUGGGCUUGAAGCACCUGGUCUGCACCGUGCGGAAGCUCUGGCUGGUCAGCUGCUGCCUCACAUCAGCUUGUUGUCAGGAUCUUGCAUCUGUCCUGAGCACCAACUGCUUCCUGACCAGGCUCUACAUUGGGGAAAAUGCCUUGGGAGACUCAGGAGUUGGAGUUUUAUGUGAAAAAGCCAAGCACCCCCAAUGUCAGCUGCAGAAACUGGGGCUGGUGAACUGUGGCCUUACACUUCUGGGUUGUUCAGCUCUGGCCUCUGCUCUCAGAACCAACCAGAAUCUCACACACCUUUAUCUACGAGGCAAUGCUCUUGGAGACCAGGGGCUCAAGCUCCUCUGUGAGGGACUCUUGCACCCCAGCUGCAAGCUUCAGAUGUUGGAGUUAGACAACUGCAGCCUCACAGCACACUGCUGCUGGGAUCUCUCGACAAUCUUGACCUCCAACCAGAGCCUGCGAAAGCUGAGCCUUGGUAACAAUGACCUUGGUGAUCUGGGUGUCAUGAUGCUCUGUGAAGUCCUGAAACAGCAGGGCUGUCUCCUGCAAAGCCUACAAUUGUGUGAAAUGUAUUUCAAUUACGAGACAAAACGUGCCUUAGAAGCACUUCAGGAAGAAAAGCCCGAGUUGACCAUCAUCUUUGAGCCAGCUUGGUAGGCACAAAUACAAGACUGCCAGUUGCCAAAGGUCCUGGCUCCCAGCACUCCAGUACACGCCAGUGGAGCAAGCCCUGCGACAUCAAGAUCACAGCUGCAAGUCUUCUGGUCCAGGGUCCAGAGCAAAGGCUUGUGUGAGGAGCCCACGCAAUCUCUUCCCUGGUGAAGACAUUGGGGAUGCAAAACCAUCCAAAUUACAUGAUGCUCAUCACAGACUAGCAUGUGUGUAUGUGUGUGUGUGUGUGUGUGUGUGUGUGUGUGUGUGUGUGUGUGUGUAGGGUUUCUUCCUGGGGUGACCCCAAGAAACUAACUUCUUCAAGGAAGCACCUCCUCUACUCUUUUCUCAUCUUACUCUAACUCUUCUUAUCUUCUGUCGUCUGUUCUGUUUACUUUUGCCUACAUCAUCAGCCCUGCUGUCUGUCCUUCUAUUAAUUGUCCAUAAAAUAGAGCUAGUUGACCGUAUGUUAUGUGGAACG